ACUUACACUUAGAUAUUAUAUAUUUGAAUUGAAUCUUACAUUUGUUAUUAGUUCUCCAUUUCUAAUAGAAAAGAAUUCAAACAGUUGUACUAUAGAACUGAACAAUUAUGAAUGACAAAGGGCCCAAAAAGAGAAAAAUGAGUGAACUGAACGGUAGCGAAUCCUCUGAGCCAGUGGUGAAAAAUGCUAAAACUCCACAAAUACAAUGUCCUUAUCUGGAUACAAUUAAUAGACAUGUAUUGGAUUUUGAUUUUGAAAAGUUAUGUUCAGUUUCUCUAACCAGAAUAAAUGUAUAUGCUUGCUUGGUGUGUGGAAAAUACUUCCAGGGCCGAGGAACAAAUACCCACGCAUAUACUCAUUCAGUGUCUGAGAGUCAUCAUGUCUUCCUAAACCUGCUUACGUUGAAAUUCUAUUGUUUGCCAGAUAAUUAUGAAGUUAUUGAUUCCUCACUAAAUGACAUCAAGUAUGUGCUCAAUCCGAUCUUUACACCUGAACAAAUAAAGCAGCUGGAUCAAAACACGAAGAUGUCCAGAGCCAUUGAUGGUACUAUGUAUAUGCCGGGUAUAGUUGGCCUUAACAACAUCAAGGCUAAUGAUUAUUGCAAUGUCAUUUUGCAGUGUUUAUCGCAAGUAAGACCACUUCGCAACUAUUUUCUGCGAGAAGAGAAUUACGCCGAUGUGAAGAGACCCCCAGGGGAUUCUUCAUUCCUGCUAGUCCAGAGAUUUGGGGAACUGAUCCGCAAGCUGUGGAAUCCUCGAGCGUUCAAAGCCCAUGUAUCACCGCAUGAGAUGCUGCAAGCUGUUGUGCUAUGGUCCAAGAAAAGGUUUCAGUUUAUAAAACAAAAUGACCCAAUAGACUUUAUGUCAUGGUUCCUGAACUCACUUCACUUGGCUCUGAAUGGUACGAAGAAGCCUAAUAGUUCAAUAAUAUACAAAUCCUUUCUUGGACAUAUGAGGAUAUAUACAAGAAAGUUACCACCCCCUGAAGCAGAGGACGCGGCGAAAGUAGAUCUUAGCAGUGAAGAGUACAGUGAAAUGAUAACCGAGUCGCCAUUCCUUUAUUUGACCUGCGACCUCCCGCCAACCCCUCUAUUUACCGACGAAUUUAGGGAAAAUAUCAUUCCUCAGGUAAAUCUGUACCAGCUUCUAUCAAAAUUCAACGGACAAACGUCAAAAGAAUAUAAAACCUACAAGGAGAACUUUUUGAAGAGGUUCGAGAUAACACAGUUGCCGCCAUAUCUAAUUCUAUACAUCAAGCGGUUUACUAAGAACACGUUCUUCGUGGAGAAAAAUCCCACAGUAGUCAAUUUUCCAGUCAAAAAUGUGGACUUUGGCGACAUCCUCACCCCAGAAAUUAAAGCCAAGCACAAUGGAAAGACAAUAUACGAGUUAGUUGGCAACAUUAUUCACGACGGCACCCCAGAAAAGGGCACAUACAGAGCCCAUGUGCUGCACACACCUACACAGCAAUGGUAUGAGAUGCAAGAUCUUCAUGUGACAAGUAUUUUACCACAGAUGAUCACACUCACAGAAGCUUACAUACAAAUAUAUGAAUUAAAGCAGGACUGAUCUUAAUUUAUGUAAAUAAAACAAAAUUUUACACA